AUGCUACCAAAAAUGUUUAUCAAAGCUCUACUAACGCUAGCGACUACACUUACUGUUUUAGUCAGUAGCAGCUCAGGCCUUUCCACGUGUGGGGACUGGUACAAUAAAACCUUGGCAACAGGAAAAAAAAUCCAAGCUAGAGCUGUAUUGAUCAAGAGAGAACCCAUCAAAGACCGCGGUCGCAUCAAAGGGAAAGCCUCGCCAAUCCAGACUGCCUUCUUGCUGCCAGGACUCGGAGCUUGCGGAAAAAAGUACCAAAAUGAAGAUAAAGGCGCUUGCUUAUGGAAUGGAGAAAACAUGAAAUCACCUCGACCCAAAGGUCUAAGUCCAGGCUGGCUUACAGGCGCCAAUACGAAAAACUGCCAUAGAGAACUUUUUAUCAAUCGUAAAGAUGUACGGGCCGAGCUCAGAGUAGUCGAUGGCUGCUCCCUUGCAGAUCAAAAACCUUUAACGAUUGAGGAAGGCUGCUCCACAAUAUAUGUUACGAGAUUGACAUUCAUAGAGCUUGGCGGAGAUCCUGCUGCGGGUCGAAUGCAGAUUGAUGAUUGGGACUUUAAGGAAGCAACAAGGUAUCCGCCAGCUUGA